AUGGGUAGUAGACGUCAUAAGAACAAGCAAGCCGCCCCACCAACCCUGGAGGAAUUUCAGGCAAGAAAGGAGAAGAAGGCUAAUAGAAAGUUAGAAAAAGGAAAGAGACCUUCUGCCACACAAGGUGAUGAAGCUUCCGAUAGAAAGAAAAAAAAGUCGAAGCCAUUCAAGAAAUCUAGGAAAGAAGAAGAAGAAGUUGUUGAAGAGGACAAAAACUUGCCAGAAGUUGAUCUUGAAGAGUUGUCAAAAGCCAGAAAAUCAUUAUUUGACGAUGAGGAAGAUGACGGCGAAGCGGAAUCAGUAGACGAAGAGCUAAAAGAUGAAUUCGAUCUGGAACAAGAAUAUGAUUAUGACGAAGAUGAAGACAAAGACGCCCACCCAAUUUUCUCGGAUGAUGACGACGAGGCUGAUCUUGAAGAACUAAAUGCACAAAACAUGGAAGCUCUUUCCAAGAAACUGGAUGAAGAAGAGGCUGAAGAAGCUGAAGAAGCCGAGAUGGAAUUAAUGGAAGCGGACAACAUGCAACCCAGAGCAGAUAUUUUGCCUACUGAGGAGCAGGAGGAAAUGAUGGCACAAGAAGCUCCCAAUUUGACCUCCACAAGAACAAGAAUGAUUGAAAUUGUUAAGGUUUUGGAAAAUUUUAAGACUCUAGGUGCAGAAGGCAGAUCGAGAGGAGAGUAUGUUGACAGACUUUUAAAAGAUAUUUGUGAGUACUUUGGUUAUACACCUUUUUUGGCAGAAAAGUUAUUCAAUCUAUUCUCACCAGCAGAAGCGAUGGAGUUUUUUGAAGCUAAUGAAAUUGCAAGACCAAUCACCAUUAGAACUAACACAUUGAAGACUAGAAGAAGAGACUUAGCCCAAACCCUUGUGAAUAGAGGUGUUAACCUACAACCUAUUGGUUCCUGGACUAAAGUUGGUUUACAAAUCUUCGAUUCUCAAGUUCCAAUUGGUGCUACACCAGAGUAUUUGGCGGGUCACUAUAUCUUACAAGCGGCAUCAUCUUUUUUACCAGUUAUUGCUCUGGAUCCUCAUGAAAAUGAACGUAUCUUGGAUAUGGCAGCUGCUCCAGGUGGUAAGACCACUUACAUAUCAGCCAUGAUGAAAAACACAGGUUGUGUUUUUGCCAACGAUGCCAAUAAAUCUAGAACCAAAUCUUUAAUCGCUAAUAUCCACCGUCUGGGCUGUACCAACACUAUUGUGUGUAAUUAUGAUGCCCGUGAAUUCCCCAAGGUAAUUGGAGGUUUCGACAGAAUUUUAUUGGAUGCUCCAUGUUCUGGUACUGGUGUUAUCGGUAAGGAUCAAUCCGUCAAAGUGUCUCGUACCGAAAAGGACUUCAUUCAAAUUCCACAUCUACAAAAGCAAUUACUUCUUUCUGCUAUUGAUUCUGUUGACUGCAACUCGAAACAUGGUGGUGUGAUAGUAUAUUCAACAUGUUCUGUUGCAGUUGAAGAAGACGAAGCUGUCAUAGACUACGCAUUAAGAAAAAGGCCUAAUGUAAAGUUAGUCGAUACUGGUUUAGCCAUCGGGAAAGAAGCGUUUACUAGUUACAGAGGCAAAAAGUUCCAUCCUAGCGUGAAAUUAGCAAGAAGAUACUAUCCACAUACUUACAAUGUUGAUGGGUUCUUUGUCGCUAAAUUCCAAAAGAUUGGUCCCUCUUCGUUUGAUGAUAACCAAGCAAGUGCCAAAGAAAAGGAAACUGCUGCUAGAAAAGAAGCUUUAGAAGAAGGUAUUAUUCACUCUGACUUCGCCACCUUUGAAGAUGAAGAAGACGAAAAGUAUAUUGAAAAGUCUGUGAAGAACAACCUUUUGAAAAAGGGUGUCAAUCCAAAAGCUAAAAGGCCUUCUAACGAAAAAUAA